GUGGAGUAGUGAAUCACAUCUACACUGCGUUUUUUGUUAACAUCGAGCAGCACGCAAAAAGUUACAAAGCCAUCGCCACUAACACACGGCCAGAAGGCCAGUGCUCGGUUGUGACUUAGUGAGUGUAACCGUUCGCGGUACCGUCACGAAUAUAAUGGUGAUAGUGAAUUGUUUGUUAAAAUGUUGGAGGAAGUGUUUGCUGGAGCAUAACUCGCCUUCGGAUUUCUACGUGAGCUGCUGGCAAAGCAGCCAUCUCUCAUGGCCUCUACUACUGUUGCGGUCAAUCCUCUUCCUGUACUCAAUGACUGUAUUGGCGGUUUCGGUCGCGCUUGACCCCUACAUCUGUUAUCGGUUCAUAUACUUUACACACUGGGGAUUCCUUGCCAUUGUGCUUGAAACAGGUUUUUCUACAGCAAUCUCUGCGUAUGCGCACUUCAAGAGACCGAUCGAUGCCACAUUCGGUCUUCCAUGGUACGUGAAGACCUACUGGGUGCUGUACAACGUCACCAUCCCCGUUGCUUUCCUAAUCACCGUCUUCUACUGGGGCAUUUUGAAAACCUCCGGCAAGAUCCAGAAGUAUGCCCCGAACCCUGUCCUAGACGUGAUGCUCCACGGAGGCAACUCGGUGGCGAUGCUGAUGGAGUUAGUCCUGUCUGCACACCCCAGCCGACUGUUGCACAUUCUGCAACCGCUACUGUUCGCACUCGCCUACCUUCUGUUCACGGUGGCGUAUUACUUUGCGGGAGGACUCGAUCCUUGGGGCAACGCGUUCAUCUACCCAGUGAUAGACUGGUCGAAGCCGCAGCAGACGGUGAUAGUGGUGGCCCUGACGGCCUUGUUCCUGACGCUCAUGCACCUCGUGGUGGUCGCCAUUGCAUCGACCAGGGACGCCAUCUGCCGACGCUUCCGGAAUACCCCUGGCAUAUACAACGACGGCUUCGGGGAUGAAUCGUGAUAAUAACGACAACAACAUUCUCCAGCUUAGCGACCCGAAGAAAAGAGAAGAAGGGAAGAGAUGAUGCCACUGCUUCCAGUCUUAACGGGUCCUUACAACUCGAAGAAGUUUUUAAGGAGCGCUUAGCAUGUCAGUCUCGUUUCUUCUGAAAUGGAGAAGUCUUCGCAGCUCGAACAAGUUUUUGAUAAACUGGUCUUUUCAGUGGCACUUAAGAUGCAAAAUAAUAUGAUAUCCACUGGGUAAACUCAUGUACAAUGUCCAUGGCCAGAGGAAUCUAGCCUUAGUCUCCUAAAACAACAUCAGGAUUUUUGAAAACUAGGCACACAAAAAGUAGGAAAUCUUUUACCAGGAGACGAGUCAAAGAUGUUUAGCAUAAAUAAAUACUUUGGUGUAUAAAUGGGAACCUCAACCAAACCUUUGUUAGUCUUGUUAAGGUUUUAGUUUCACAUAAGUAUUUCUUGACUUGUCUAUAUAACAUUUUCUGGUUUAAACGGAACCUACAGGCACUUAUUACAACAUAGUUUUAACCUUACUUAUAAUCUCGGAACAAUGAAAAUCUAUCUUAUUCAGUCGGCAAAAGCUUUUUUAUAGUAGGAAAAGAUUGAAAUUACUGCAUUGUUAUGUCAAUACUCAGUAUUGCAAUAAUUAAACUGCGGUAAGCAUGCAUACUUCACUCAAUAGUUUUUUUAUAUUAAUAUUACAACAAGGAAUGACGUAGGUCGUCUAUAGUAAUUCUAUGGUACCAAAGAAUCAAGUUUAAGUUAACGACCACACCAUAGUAACAUGAUGAAUUGAAACAGAAACUAGUUAAUAGAUUCUUAAUAACUAUCUAAAUCUAUUGUAUUUUGUCAGUAAGAUGUUGUUGUAUCUUAUCGUGUUACGUUGAUCGUACCUAAUACAUAAACAUUAAACACCUCAACAUCGUUGUCCUUCACCCACGUGACGUUAUAAUAAUCGAGAUCUGUUAUUAUGAUAUUAAUCUGAGCGAAAUAUUUUUAUGGACUGGGAGAGACCGAAAACAUAGAAUACGCAAGUUAGCUUGCACUUUUCCGCAAAUCUUUUAAUCUUUUAUUUUCGAGAGUUUUAGACGGAGAAUUUUUAGUAUCUUUGUAGAUAGAAUAUUAGUCACUAUGAUUUCUUUGGUGACAUUUUGGAGUCGACCAAUGGCAAAAUGUAUUAUGCUUGUAUUUUUUUAUACUUAUUAGGUGUCGCCUAGCCAUAGCCGACUUAUUUUACGCGCAUGAGAGUUAAUUUAAUGUAUUUCAAUAUAUUAUAUAUAAAUAUUAAAUACGCUUUCUAGACUUCUCCAUAUAAACUUUAAUUAUGCAGAAAUCUCAUAGUCCUCCAUGAGAAAGGUUUCUUGAAAAAGAGGUAGGUACGAAUUUUUUUCCCUCACAAAUUAAUAUAACUAGAAUGCAUCGACUUUUCCCAAUAUUGGGUCCCGACUGUUAAAGUAGCUUUGUUCCUUAUUAAACAUAAUUCAAGACUACUGGACUUGUUUUUUGUAAUAGUUUUAUAUAGCUAUAACGACGUAGUGUCGCCCUUACAUUAAAAGCUCUAAUCCUACGGAUAUGGCGUAAACUUAUGUACCUAUAUAAAAUAUUUUAUUAUGUCAAGGACGUGUCUAACGAUCUCAAUCUUGGGUGCGUACGUGCUUUAGCCAUACUGAGAAAUAUAAGGAAUUGAGAUGAUAUGCUGUCAAGGCCCCACAUAUACUAUGAGCCUCAUAUGAUUAAUGUACGCCACGGGGAGUAUUUCGUAAGAGAUAAGUACUUAAAUAACUAUUAAUGGAAGUACUUAACUGUGUGACCGACUUUGUCUAUACACUAUAGAAUAUGUACUCUUACUAUAAUAUUUUUAACAACAUAAUAGUUAAAACAUUUUUUUUACUAUUUUAACGAAAAGAGUGAAACGAUGUUGGUUUCUUUGCCUUUUAGGUUUUUUUACUCUUUCAUUAUUUUGUAUUAAAAAGUGUAACUAGUAAGAUAAGAAAAUGAAAUCAAAAAUACAAAUGCAAUCUUAGCGUGUUAAUGUAUAUAUUUUAGUUAAUUUUAGAAAACUUAGUUAAUAUAGAGAGAUUACAUUUUUAAGAUAGCAAAGCAAACUGUGAUUUAUUAAGUAAAUAUGUAGGUACCUACAGCAGUUAAUUUCCAAUACGAAAUCUCAUUUUUUUUAAUUGUGUCAAUUUUCAUUAAUAUUAUAACAAAUAGAAACUUAAUAAACAUUUAGAUAGUGGAUAUGAAUAUGAAAUGCUACUGCAUAAAAUUGACAUUGUCCAUAGAAAGCUAUUGCAGUUAAUCCUUUAUUUUUUUAAAUUAAUAUCAGGUAUUAUAAAUGUAAAUUAAUAUUUAUUUUUACUUUAAGCAUUAUUUAUGCAACCUUGUAUACAACUCAGUAUCUAUCUAAUUCAUUCACUAAAAUUUCUUACAAAGUAUGUAAUAAUGUGAAAGCAAGAAAUAAUAUCAUUGAAAUUAUGUACUUAUUUGAUAGUUUAACUUCAAUACAAUUAUUUUCAUAAUGUUUGGAGCUGUUCUAUCUUAUAAAGUCUUCAUACUAGGUAAUAUAAUCAGUUAUCAUGAGGCUAAAUAACGUCCCCGAAUCUGGGGCACAGGCUAUGAAAUGAAGAAUUUCUAUAAGAACAGUGACAGCAUUCAUUUUAGUAUAAUUUGAUAAUUUAUUGGCUACUAAUGUUGUAAAUAUGAAACAAGGUAUCGAGUUUAGUUGUAUACGUUAUUAAUUUGCUAACCAAUCACUCUGAAACGGCUGAACUUUUGAAUAAAAUUAACACGUAAGAUACUUUUUGCCUCAGGGAAAGAAAGAAAAAAAGUCUGGACUCAGUUCAAAUAAAGUUGUAGUAAAAAUACAAGUUAUUUUUAUUGCCCACAACUUUGUUACCAACACUUAUCAAGAAUAUUACCAUGAUAGAGCUACCAACAAAUUAUAAUAUGAAUGGUUGUGGUCUGAGCAACUUUUUGAUUAGUAAGGAUGACUAUUUUAGAUAAGACAUUACAUGUAAGUAUUCAUAUCGAUCCAUAUCAAAUUUUAUAUAAGAUUUAGAUAAUUCCACCUGUAAUUAUAACAUAGGUAUACAUUGUUAAUGUAUCUCCUGAUAUACUUAUCAAAUAAGUAACCUUAUAUAACAAAGUAAAAAAAAGUUUUCAAUUAGGUGUUUUGAGAAAAAUAUACACCAUGAAUUUUGAUUUACUUGAGAAAAUACACUAGCGAAUUCAGCCAAAACGAUUUAGGUUAGUUACAUAUAUCUGCAAUUUUUUUUUAUUAUAUUUUCGAAUAGUGUUUCCACGUUUACUCAAUGAUUGUGCAAUUAUGAACCUUGAAAACUACUUUUAUGAUCUAUGUACUUACUUAACUAAUUAAUAAGUACACAAUAUGUAUGUAUGUUAUUUUCAACUUCGUUUAUAGGAUAUUUUAAAAACGAUAUAAAUCAAUAUUUUUGUUUGGUGGUGAUAUUCAUUUACUAUUUAUAACUAUUUUUAUUUAUACGAUUUUUAAGUGUCUUAGGUAACCCAAAAUUCACAGUGUAUUGUAGAUAACUUAAAACAUUGUUAAUUAUUUUUAUUAGCACUACAAAAAAUAUAAUUAAUAAGUCACCAUUUACCAUAGAGUUUAAACCCUUGCUUGAUUCUUUCUACAUAAUUUUUACCUUGUAGAAUAUUCAAAAAUUUUAUUUAUAAAGUUUUUUGCUUUGUUGCUUUUAUAAUGCUCAUUUAUCAUCGUCAGUAUCGAAUUUAAAAAAAAAACUUUAUGAAUAUAUGUACAUUAAUAUAUACAGGAACAAUGAACUUUAAACUAAAAAUCUUAAAAAAUAUAAUAUACUAACUAAAAGGAGUCCCUUUAUGCAUGGUUCCGAAGAUACUGGCAGCGUAUCGAAUUGUCAUGUAAUAUGACUCUACACUUGUUAUAAAUAUUUUUGUGGUUUCGUAU